CCAGAGCAGCAGCGGCGGCGGCGGCGGCGUUUGAGUGGAGGAAGAUGGCGGCUCCGGGCGGUUCGGGGUCCCGCCAGCUGUGAGGCGCUUGAGUGCGGCAAGCGCGGCCUGAGGCGAAGCGCCUCUGCUCUGGCCCUGUCCCCGGCUCCCUCAUCGCCGUCGCCAGCGGCGCGAACCCGAGAGCGUGGCGCGGGCUGGGCCAGCUGUUGAGUGGAAUGUCAUGGCCAGCUCCUCGGACAGUGAAGAUGACAGUUUCAUGGCCGUGGACCAGGAAGAAACUGUGCUGGAAGGGACAAUGGAGCAAGAUGAGGAGCCCCACCCAGUACUGGAGGUUGAAGAGACUAGACAUAAUAGGCCCAUGUCUGAGCUGCCAGAAGAGGUUUUGGAGUAUAUCCUGUCCUUUCUUUCACCAUACCAGGAACACAAAACUGCAGCCCUUGUCUGCAAACAGUGGUAUCGACUUAUCAAAGGUGUAGCCCACCAGUGUUAUCAUGGUUUCAUAAAGGCUGUCCAGGAAGGAAACAUUCAAUGGGAGAGUCGGACCUACCCUUAUCCUGGAACCCCGAUCACUCAACGGUUCUCACACAGUGCAUGCUAUUAUGAUGCUAAUCAAUCUAUGUACGUGUUUGGAGGCUGUACCCAGAGCAGCUGCAAUGCUGCUUUUAAUGACCUCUGGAGACUUGACCUAAAUAGCAAAGAGUGGAUCCGACCUUUGGCUUCAGGGUCCUAUCCUUCCCCUAAAGCUGGGGCAACUCUGGUCGUGUACAAGGACCUGCUGGUGCUGUUUGGUGGCUGGACGCGGCCAAGCCCUUAUCCCCUACACCAACCAGAGAGAUUCUUUGAUGAAAUACAUACUUACUCACCCUCUAAAAACUGGUGGAACUGCAUUGUGACAACCCAUGGGCCACCUCCCAUGGCUGGCCAUUCCUCCUGUGUGAUAGAUGAUAAAAUGAUUGUCUUUGGUGGCUCCUUAGGAUCCCGGCAAAUGAGCAACGAUGUCUGGGUCCUUGACCUCGAGCAGUGGGCGUGGUCCAAGCCGAACAUCUCCGGCCCCAGUCCUCAUCCUCGAGGUGGCCAAUCUCAGAUUGUCAUAGAUGAUGCAACUAUCUUAAUCCUUGGAGGGUGUGGCGGUCCCAACGCUCUCUUCAAGGAUGCUUGGUUGUUGCACAUGCAUUCAGGCCCCUGGGCCUGGCAGCCACUCAAGGUAGAAAAUGAAGAUCAUGGGGCUCCAGAACUGUGGUGCCAUCCAGCUUGUCGGGUGGGGCAGUGCGUGGUGGUCUUCAGUCAGGCUCCUAGCGGGAGAGCCCCACUCAGCCCAAGUUUGAACUCUCGCCCAUCACCUAUCAGCGCCACUCCUCCAGCCCUGGUUCCCGAAACCCGAGAGUACCGCUCUCAGUCUCCAGUAAGGAGUAUGGAUGAAGCUCCUUGUGUUAACGGCCGCUGGGGAACACUGAGGCCCAGAGCUCAAAGGCAGACCCCCUCAAGUUCCCGGGAAGGGAGCCUGUCCCCAGCCAGAGGAGAUGGCUCCCCCAUCCUCAAUGGUGGGAAUUUGUCUCCAGGAACAGCAGUGAUUGGUGGCUCUUCCUUGGACAGCCCUGUGCAGGCCGUGUCUCCUAGCACUCCAUCUACCACUGACGGAUAUGACCUCAAAAUGGGACUUUCUUUGGCCCCCCGACGAGGGUCACUACCAGAUCAGAAAGAUCUGAGGUUAGGAUCAAUAGAUCUGAAUUGGGAUCUGAAACCCACUUCGAGUAGCAAUCAUAUGGAUGGUGUGGACAACAGGACAGUUGGGGGAAGCACGAGACACCCUCCCGAACAGACGAAUGGUGUGCAUACCCCACCACACGUGGCCAGUGCCCUUGCAGGGGCUGUCUCCCCAGGUGCCCUGCGUCGGAGCCUAGAAGCCAUCAAAGCAAUGUCAUCCAAAGGCCCCUCAGCGUCCACAGCACUAAGUCCUCCUCUGGGGUCUUCUCCAGGCUCCCCCGGGAGCCAGAACCUGAGCAGUGGAGAAACAGUGCCCGUCCCUCGCCCAGGGCCUGCCCAAGGAGAUGGGCAUUCCUUACCUCCCAUUGCCCGCCGCCUGGGCCACCACCCUCCGCAGUCCCUGAAUGUUGGCAAACCUUUGUACCAGAGUAUGAACUGCAAGCCCAUGCAGAUGUACGUGCUAGACAUUAAAGACACCAAGGAGAAGGGGCGGGUCAAAUGGAAAGUAUUUAAUAGCAGUUCUGUGGUCGGACCUCCUGAAACCAGCCUGCACACAGUGGUACAAGGCAGGGGCGAACUCAUCAUAUUUGGAGGACUCAUGGACAAGAAACAGAAUGUGAAGUACUAUCCAAAAACAAACGCCUUGUACUUUGUGCGAGCAAAGAGAUAAUAUGUUCUAAACCCCCUUCCCUUUCUGUGGCUUUUAAUUUUCCAGUGUGCAAGCAUUUGGACUGCGAAUUGGGAAAACAAAGGACAGAAUUACCCCAUAAACCAAACCCCCAGUUCCCAACCUCACUCGCUGCAGGCUGGGGUCAAACCUCCAUUACGAAAAAAAUUAUAUAUAAAUAUAUAAAUAUAUAUUAUAUAGCCAACUGUGUUUACAGAGAGGGAGAGGUCUCCGUCCUGGUUCAGAUCAAAUUGUUGCUGUGUUUUAGCAGAGGCUCGGCUGCCUUUUUCUACAUUGCUGGUAACUAGACCAAGAAUUUAGGGAACAGACUAAUGUCAGAACGUAACCUAAGGCAACUGAAGAGCCCCCAUAAGUCCUUACGUGGCCUUCUUGGAGUUAGAGAAAGAAAGAGCGUGUGUGAGGUGCACGGGUGGAGGCUCCAGACCCACGAGCUCCAGGAGCUGGCAGGGGGAAAGGAGCCUGUAGAGAACUAUUCCUCCCUUCCCUUGAAAAGCGCAGAGGACCCGAGCGGUAACGCCCUCUGCCUGGCCCCGUUCUGCCCUCGUGACUGAGGAAAGUUACCCAGCCGGGAGUUCUUUGCCACAUGUGUGUGCCAGGAUCACCGUGAGACGACGUUUAUGCAGACACGCCUGUCUACCUCGUGUCCACUGGUCUUUUGCGUGCUCCCUCUGUGUCUCAGAAAAAACAUUUUGGUGUCUGAUUUUGGAAUUUUCUGACAAUCGUAUUUGAUUGCAAGUUGCCAAAAACCACAUUUGUUCCCUUAAAACUUGAUCCUCA